CCCUCUCCCUGCCCCGCUCCCUGCUCGACCCCCGCCCGCCCGCUGCCAUGGGAGCCCCCGGGGAGGCUCCGUGCCGCUAGCGGCCGGCGGCCGCGGCCAGGCGCACCAUGCUGGGCAUGUACGUGCCGGACAGGUUCGCCCUGAAGUCGUCUCAAGUGCAGGACGGGAUGGGGCUCUACACGGCCCGCAGAGUGAAAAAGGGUGAAAAAUUUGGCCCCUUUGCAGGGGAGAAGCGAAUGCCUCGGGAGCUGGAUGAGGACAUAGACUGCAGGCUCAUGUGGGAGGUUCGUGGGAAUAAAGGCGAAGUCCUUUAUAUCUUGGAUGCAAGCAAUCCACGCCAUUCUAAUUGGCUGCGUUUUGUCCAUGAGGCCCCCUCGCAGGAGCAAAAGAACCUGGCAGCCAUUCAGGAAGGGGAAAACAUUUUCUACCUGGCAGUGGAAGAUAUUGAAACAGACACAGAACUUCUGAUCGGCUACUUGGACAGUGACAUGGAAGAAGAGGAAGAGGAGGAGGAAGAGGUCCCUGUUAUCCAGGAAGAUGAAGACAGUAACAACAACAAAGAAGUGCAACCAGUUGGUGAAAAAAGUGCAGAUCCUCUUAGUUGUAAAGAGGACCAUGCAUGCCCAAACUGUGAAUCCAGUUUUGCCAGCCAGGAGAUCCUAGCUGAACAUCUUCAGACRUUGCACCAAAAACCCAGUGAAGAGAAGGAAUUUAAGUGCCGCAACUGUGGAAAGAAAUUCCCUGUUAAACAAGCUCUGCAGAGACAUGUACUUCAGUGCACAGAGAAUAUCAACCCAGGAGAUGCUUCAAGAAGUUUUCAGUGCUCUGUUUGCAAUACUUCCUUCAGCUCAGAAUCGAGUUAUGAACAGCACAAGGAGGCGUGCAGAGGGGAUGCCAGAUUCAUAUGCAAGGCAGAUAGCUGCGGGAAGAGGUUCAAGAGUAAGGAUGCCCUGAAAAAACAUAAGGAAAAUGUUCACAGUGGAAAUUCUAGGAAGAAGCUCAUGUGUUCAGUGUGCAAUAAGAGAUGUUCCUCAGCCACAAAUCUCCAAGAACAUCGAAAGGUUCAUGAGAUCUUUGAAUGUCAAGAAUGUGACAAGAAAUUUAUUUCAGCUAAUCAACUAAAGCGCCAUAUGAUAACUCAUUCAGAAAAACGCCCCUACACCUGCGAGGUUUGCAAUAAGUCCUUCAAACGACUUGAUCAAGUGACUGCACACAAAAUAAUACACAGUGAAGAUAAACCUUAUAAAUGCAAGCUUUGUGGAAAGGGAUUUGCCCACAGAAAUGUUUACAAGAAUCACAAGAAGACCCAUUCUGAAGAGAGACCGUUCCAGUGUGAAGAAUGCAAGGCUUUGUUCMGAACCCCUUUCUCUCUACAAAGACAUCUGCUAAUUCAUAACAGUGAGAGGACCUUCAAGUGUGAUCACUGUGAUGCUACUUUCAAAAGAAAGGACACGUUAAAUGUUCAUAUUCAAGUUGUACAUGAUGGUCAUAAAAAAUAUAAAUGUGAUCUUUGUGCCAAAGCUUUUGUGACACCCUCUGUUCUAAAAAGCCAUAAGAAAACUCACACAGGAGAAAAGGAGAAAAUUUGCCCAUAUUGUGGACAGAAGUUUGCAAGCAAUGGAACACUGAGAGUUCAUAUUCGAAGCCAUACAGGUGAACGUCCUUAUCAGUGCCCUUACUGUGACAAAGCUUUCAGCAAGAAUGAUGGAUUAAAGAUGCAUAUUCGCACUCACACAAGGGAAAAGCCGUACCAGUGCUCCGAGUGCAACAAGGCUUUCAGUCAGAAGCGGGGCCUCGAUGAGCACAUGCGAACCCACACUGGAGAGAAGCCCUUUCAAUGUGAUGUUUGUGAUCUGUCCUUCAGCCUGAAGAAAAUGCUGAUCCGACACAAGCUGACUCACAACCCCAAUCGCCCCAUGGCAGAGUGCCAGCUUUGCCACAAGAAGUUUACAAGAAACGAUUACCUCAAAGUGCACAUGGAAAAUGUCCAUGGGGAAACUGACAGCUAAUUACAGCUCACGCAAGAAGACUAGUUCUCAUGUUCCAAAGUGCUCCAUUUGUAGAAGUAUAGACUCCAGAUUUCUCACCUGACCAAUGAACAAAGUCAGGAG